CCGGGGCUGGGCGCCUCCAGCCCCUCCCGCGGGCUGUUCGGGACUGUCAGCGCGGGGAGCCCUCGGCAGCGGCCGGACUCUGACCUUGCACCGGGGAAGGCCCCAUGGCGUCCAGGCUGCUGCUCCGCGUCCUCCGGCGCGCCCUGCCCGGCGGCUGGCGGGCCGCGGCCCCCGCCAGAGCCAUGAGCGUCGGGGGUAUUCCCAGUGAUGAGGAACAGGCAACCGGACUUGAACGGAAAACCCUAGAGGCUAUGAAAAAAGGACAGGUGAGGAGGACAACUCUGCUGUCAUUUGGUUCUGGUUGCAUGCAGGAGAAAGCCAGCGUUGCCCAUCAUGUGGUGCUCACUACAAGCUCGUUCAUCAUGAUGUCCCACAUUGAAAAUCUGUGUUAUUUAACUGAACCAAAGUGGAUUUCACUGUGUCUAAACUGCACAAUAUGAUGUGCACUUAAAUCUGCAUGCAAAGUAUUUACUACUUUCAUAUUUGGUUUCUAUUGGAUUUCAUUUAAAAACUCCAAUCUUGUUUUACCCUAGGUUAAUUAAAACUAAAUGCACAACACUGUAGAAAUGUGUGUCACGGGUUAUCAUCCUUCAUAAAACUGAGAUAAAUCAGAGUAGAUUUUAGGAAGAAGUGUUCUAACAGUACUGGUUAAUAAAGGUGGGCUGGUUUUCUUUCUCCAAUAAAUUUCUAGUCUUAUGACUAAAGCCCUACCAAAUUCAUAGCCAUGAAAAACACAUUAUGGACUAUGAAAAAUCUGGUCUCUCCUGUGAAAUCUGAUCUGGUGUACUUUUUACCCUAUAUCUGCUCGCUAGGUGCCCAGCUCUGAAAGCAACAAAGUAAGGGUGGCAAUACCACGACCCCCCCCCCCCACAAUAGCCUUAUUUCCCAGUGUUGGGUCAGGCCCCCCACUUUGAGAAAUGCUGAGUCUUAAGGACUUUGUGUUUAUAUUUUGUUGUUUUUAAAAUACAUAUUCAUGGCUUGUUACAACAUGAAAUUUAACCUUUAAAUAUCUGAAACCUUGCAAUUCAAGAUUUUAAAAGUGCUACAAUUGUGAAAUUUACAAAAAUGGACUGAAUUUGGUAGGGCCCUACUUAUGACUGUUGGUUUCUUGACUCUCACAUGGUGGGAGUAUGCCUGCCAAAAGUAGUAUGUGAAGAAAGUUAGAGGUCACACCUGAGCUAUAAGCAUGUACAUGUAUUGCAAUCAUAUACCACCAGGAGACUGUUAUAGCCUUAUUCACAUUUUCCCUGUGUUGUGCUGAAUUAUGUCAAUACAACAGGCACAGCCAGGAUGGUCUCAAUAUUCUAACUAGUCUUUUGCUUAAUGAAGUUACAUUCUGAUUAAAGAAAUAUGCAUGAUAUGUGCAUCCAUACACAUGAACACGUACAUGAAGCAACAAACUGUUUCAUUCAAGUAUUUUAUUUUAGCUUUGUUUUCACUGCAUUUUAAAAAUCUAAAAAAAAAUAAAUAUUUGUUUCACAGCUGAAAGUCACAUAUGUAUCAAUAAGACGUAAGUAUGCUGGAACUUAACCAGUCCAGGAAAGUCAAAUCUGAAAACGUGCCAUUAAGCAGUCAUCUCAGAGUACUUAUAUUAAAAUUCAAAAGAAGUUCCAAAAAGGGUUAAAAGGGUAUUUCAAAUGCAUUUUAGCUGGAAGAAGGUGACCAAAAACUACACACUCAACAUUUAAAAAUGAAAUAUUUGAACUCUUGAUAGUAACUGUCUUGCUCCUCCUUUGUUUUUAACCUACGGCUGCAGAGGUUGGAUUCCCAAUGCUAAAUUAAUCCCUCAUAAUUUUAUCAAUUUAAUUAUACCAUCAGUAAUAAAAUUAAAUUACCUAUUGAGUCUUCUCAUCCAUCUUAACAGAAGCCAAAUUUGUAGUUUUGCACCAGCACAAAUCAGUGAUUGCACCACAGAAAUUGGACUGUACAUCAUAAAGGGCAGCGUCAUUUCAACCAUCAUUGUUUUCA